AACAAAUCACAAAAUUUGAGAAAAAAGUAAAUCAUGAGUAGUCAACCUGCCAGCCAGCCCGAUAGCAUCGACUUAGCCUAUGAUAUGUGGGCGGGCCAAUUCGAGUUUGUCGGACCCACCAAUCAACAGAGUAACAAAAAUACCAACAACAACAACAAUAGCCACAACAACAAUCUGAACAACAAGUGUCGAAUCGGAGGACAACAGAACAGGAAGCUAUCAACGGAUAGCCUGGAGGACUUGAAUUUGAACUUCAAUACGAGUUCCUCACAAAAUCCGCUGAGUAACGCCUACAGUUUGGGAGUCACUGGCGGUGGAGAGUACUGUGGGUUUGGCAAGCACCAUCCGCCCAUCCUGAUCGACCAGGAGACCUUCCUCAGCCUGAAUCCGGCGGACUUUGAGGAUAUUGUGCCAUCCAAUUCGGAGCCCAAUUCGCUCGUCUUCAUCGAAAAUAAACUAGAGACCAACAACAAUAGCUUUGUGGAGUCCAACAACAAUAAUAAUAUCCACAACAAUAAUAACAACAAGAUCUAUAAUUUGGAAAAUUUGACAAGUAAAUUCAACAAUAAAACCAACAAUACAAAUACAAACGGCUUCAAGCUAGAGAAUCUGAAGAAUUUCAAAAAUAAGCUACUCUGUGAUUUCGAGGAUACCAACGGCACCGGAAACGGAAGUGGCAGUGCUGCCACCACCGGCGGAGGAUCAGGACCUGGGGGCAUCAUGAACGGAGCCCUCAGUGCCGAAAUGUGCGACAAUCUGAACGAGCAAUUGGAACUACUGCAGCGCAAGGUGGACGAUCUCUCGGAUACACAGAAUAUAGCUGAAGAUCGUACAACCCGCACCAAGACCGAGUAUGCAGUGCUUCAGGCGCGAUAUCACAUGCUGGAGGAGCAGUACCGAGAGUCGGAACUGCGUGCCGAAGAGCGUCUGGCUGAGGAGCAGAAACGGCAUCGCGAGAUCCUGGCCCGCGUGGAACGCGAAGCCUCGCUGCAGAACGAAAACUGUCAGAUGAAGAUCAAGGCCACCGAGAUGGAGGCGUCAGCCUUAAGGGACGAGGCGGCCCGACUGCGGGUACUCUGCGACAAGCAGGCCAAUGACCUCCAUCGCACCGAGGAGCAGCUGGAACUGGCCCGCGACCAAAUAGUCUCUCUGCAGCAGGAGCACGAGGAGCAGGAACAGGCCAUGCGCCGGCACGAGCAGGAAAAGAAGUCGGCCGAGGAGCUGAUGCUCGAGCUAAGUCGGGAACUGCAGCGAGCUCGCGAGGAGAGCGGUGCCCGGGCCAUGCCCACCACAUCACCGGAGAGCAUAAGACUGGAGGAGCUGCACCAGGAGCUCGAGGAAAUGCGCCAGAAGAAUCGAUCCCUCGAGGAGCAGAACGAGGAACUGCAGGCUACAAUGCUGACCAACCAGGCCACCAUGCUGACAAAUGGAGUGGAACAGGGUCGUCAUCUGCUGAAUGGCACCCUGAACAGCUUGGCCCAGGAACUGGAGGAGAUGUCACAAGCUCAGGAUUCUGUGGAUUCAGCCACAUUAGCAUCCUUAAGUCAGCUGCAACAGGCCUUCCAGGAAAAAGAGGACGAAAACGUUCGACUCAAGCACUAUAUAGACACCAUUCUACUCAACAUUGUGGAGAACUAUCCCCAGCUGUUGGAGGUGAAGCCUUUGGAGCGAAAGUGAAUCAUCAGUUGGAAGAACAAAGCAACCCCAUGGCACUGUGCCCCAAACAGUGCCCCAACCACCUAACUUUAAAAUAAAUAAACUAACUAAAACCUAUAUGUUAUGCUAACUUAAGCUACACCCUAUACAUGUAUUUAUGCCUAACUUAAGUCGUAACUUAUUUUAUAACAAUUUAUUGUAGUUUUUUAAAACCAAAAACAACACUGAAUGAGAACACAAAGAUUGCAUGUCUAAAAAAAAAAGAUGAAGAAAAAUCUUAAGUUUUGUUUGAAGAUAAUCCCAAUGUUUUGUAAAAAGAAAGCCAAAAUUUUGUAAAAGUUUCGUUAACCUAUAGAAUUGUAUAGAGCGUGUUGUUGAGCCCUAAAGAUAUUAUUAAUAGUUCAUAAGACCAUAAUAACUUGUUUAAUCUUAAAUGAAAUGAAGCCCAAUAAUUUAUUGAUCCAAUGACAAGUUGCGAUAAUUGCUUGAAAAAUCAAUUGAAAACAAUGUGUGUGUAUAGUAAGAAAUGAGAAACUUUUACGAGAUGUUAAUGUUUAAUAGGAGAUAUUUUCCAAUUUAGUUAAGUCUGGGCAACUGAGAAGGUUCUCUUCCAUUCUAUCCUGUUUUAGAUUUCUUCUAUAUUCUUUUAAAGCUCUUUCCAUCUAUUCUAAACUGUUUCUAUCUUCAUCAGUCUGCGCCUAUCUAGUUACAAAAAUCUAUCAAAAAAUUUGCGUUUAUGGUAUGGACAAUCCCAAGUGUAGGCGAACGUUUUGUUUGAAGUGAAGAGAAGCAAUUAUCAUAAGUAGGAGUUAUUCGAUCGAGCGCCUAUAUCAUAGCCCUCAAACCAUAUGUCAAUGUAUAGCACAGUUUAACCCACAAAACUUACUCUGCAUAUAUGUAACCCAACAUUUAAUGGACGUAAUGUGCAAAUCGUUUAGGGAUCGGCACAUGCAAAGGUCUCACCCCAAAGCGAUCCCUAAUAGUCUAGGCUACAGCUCUAUAAUAAUUAUUUUAACCCAGCUAAUAAUCGGAUUGAAUCGUUAAUCAAAAUUAAUUGCCUUAAAAAAAGUUUUAUAAAGUUUUAAGGCCUAGUUAACUUUAACAGAAAAGUCCAUAAUGUUUAUAGGCAUGCCGAUUAAUAUGGAAUUUUAAAUGUAAUUUACCAGAUGCAAGUCGCUGAACUUAAAUCAAAAUAAAAAGAGAAUAUUUUAUACAAAAAAUAAAAA